CAAGGGCGGCGCGGUUUUAUGGUUUCAUUGCACUUUGUGGUAAAUGAAGGCUGCUCACUAACCUCUGUUGAUCGUUGUAUAACCUGAUAGUACUCACUACAGCUUUUGGAUUAUUUUACAACAGCAUACUAUUUGAAUAGUUUGGAAUAGCAUCCAAUGGACCGGUUUAAAACUUUCUUACCAUAUUGUGUGAUAACGCUAGGAAGUUCAUUCCCUUUUGGAUAUCAAACAGGAGUUAUUAAUGCACCUGCUGAAUUGAUAAAACUCUUUAUAAAUUCUACUUUUGUUGCUAGAAUAAAGAGUUGUGAUAAGCAUUGUAUUGAUUUGAUUUGGUCAAUUUGUGUUACUUCAUUCCUUGUUGGAGGAUUUUUCGGUGGUUUCGUUGGUGGUAUUCUAGCUAAUAAGCUUGGUCGGAAAAAGUCAUUAUUUCUACUGUCUAUUCCUACAAUUAUUGGAUCACUUCUGAUGUUGUUUUCAAAAUUGACCAAUUCCUUUGAAAUGAUCAUCGUUGGUAGAUUCAUAAUUGGAAUCGCGUGUGGUGCUCACACAGUUGUUGGACCGAUGUACCUAUCGGAAAUAGCUCCAGUUACACUUCGUGGAGCUGCAGGCACAUUCAACCAGUUUGUAAUUGUUUGUGCCAUUUUGCUGUCACAAGUGCUUGGUCUACCCGAAAUUAUGGGAACCUCCGAAUUAUGGCCUUAUCUACUCGGUUUAUGUACUGUUUCCAGUGUUAUACAUGUUGCAUUCUUAUUCACUUGUCCUGAAAGUCCUACCUAUCUGUAUAUUGUUAAAGGGGAUCGUCGAAGAUCAGAAAAUGCACUUAUUUCUUUAAGAGGCCAUAACUGUGAUGUACAAGCUGAGUUGGAGAUAUUAAAAAGAGAAAUUGAAUGCUCACCUACACACAAAUCAAAUAUCUGUGACUUACUUCGUAUUCCUUACUUACGAUGGUCGUUGAUUAUAGCUUUGGUACCGCAUAUCGGUCAACAGUUUUCUGGUAUAAAUGGGAUUCUUUACUACUUUGUCAGCCUAUUCAUAUCGAAUGGUUUAACAGAAAAAGCAGCAAGCUAUGCCAAUCUUGGUACUGGGGCUACAAUUCUGAUUGGUGCAUUAGCGUCACUAUUUAUUAUUGACAGUAAAGGUAGACGUCCUCUGUUGAUAUUUAGUGUGUCCGUAUGUCUUUGCAGCUUUUCACUUUUCACUCUGGCAUUAAUAAUUAAACAAGCCACCGGAAUUAAUUGGCUUACAGUUGUAUCGAUCGGACUGACUUAUACUUUUUUGUUCGGAUUCUCAGUUGGUUUAGGUUCUAUCCCAUGGUUUUUGGUCUCUGAAUUGUUCACUCAAGAGAAUCGAGAUGCUGCUGUCAGCAUUGCUGUUGCCACUAAUUGGAUGUGUAAUGCUGUAGUGGCAUUAGUAUUCCCUCAGCUCAUUCUUCAUAUCGGUAUUUAUGCCUUCAUGCCGUUCAUUUGUGCUCUAACAGUUGUCUUGAUAUUUAUUAUUCGAUAUCUGCCUGAAACAAAAGGACGAACUCCAGCUACUAUUGAAGCUUUCUUUAUGCGUUCUUAUGCUCAGCGUGCAAGAGAAACACAUGAAAAUCAUGAGUAUACUGAUGUUACAAUUCAAGAAGAAGAUGGACAAACUCAGAUUAGUUUGGUGACUUAGAUUGUUGUAUAAUCCAGGAUAUAUAUGAUAACGUUAUUCUCAGGGAAUAAUCGUAUUAUAAUCCUAUUCUCAUCAUAAACAGCGAUGUUUCUGUCCCCUCGAUUUUUUACACUC